GUGCAAAAACGACGAGAUUGGAUUUUUAAUUAUUUGUGAAAUUUGUUAUUGAAGUGGUGUAAAUGUUGCUCGAGAAUAACACGAAAAUGUCUGGAGAUAUUGUGCAGAAAAAUUAUAGCAAUUGUCCGUUGAAAAAACGGCCAAUUAUGUACCAGCAGGAAGAAAUUUGGACUGAAGCCAAAUCAGAUGUUGAAGACAAUACCGAACCUGAGAAUCUCAGUACAAAGCCUGAGGAUUUAUCCCGAACAGGAAAAUAUCCAACCAAACCAGUGCCUGUACGUGAAGCGCCUUCUUAUUACUACCCGCCUGUUCAUCACCGACCCUUAGAACCAUUGAACUUCAACACACCUUUGGAUAUCUACCCACCUCAAUGGCAAUGGAACUUGCUUCCACAAUACCCCAACUAUCUACCUUUACACUAUGAAGGAUAUCCAGCCGAAUUCCCACCAUCACCGGCCAGAUCCAGCGAACAAUUGUCACCGUACACAACCCGUGAAAGUUCGUGUUCUCCUCCUGGUGCAAUUUAUGUUAAACAACCCAAAGUCAGAUACUCACCUUACCAAGAAGUGCCUGUAUCACCUGCAUCCCUGUCACCGACUUCAUCAAUAUCCUCACACUCACCUCAACCAGCAAUGAUUCCUCAAGAUUUGACCUCAACAGUGCAGAGGAAGAAGAAACAAAAUCCAGCAAAUGAAACUGCUAGAUACCAAUGUCCGGAUUGUGGAAAAUCUUACUCCACGUACUCCGGUUUAUCGAAACAUCAGCAGUUCCAUUGCGCUGCAUCAGAAACCAGCCAAGCCAAGAAAUCUUUCUCCUGCAAAUAUUGCGACAAAGAAUACGUUUCAUUAGGUGCCUUAAAAAUGCACAUCAGAACACACACGUUGCCUUGCAAGUGCCAUUUGUGCGGUAAAGCUUUUUCAAGACCAUGGUUGCUCCAAGGACAUAUCAGGACACAUACUGGUGAAAAACCUUUCAGUUGCCAACAUUGCCACAGAGCUUUUGCUGAUAGAAGUAACUUGAGGGCGCAUUUGCAAACUCAUUCAGAUGUUAAGAAAUACCAUUGUACAUCUUGCAGCAAAACGUUCUCGAGGAUGUCCUUGUUGAGCAAACAUAUAGAUGGAGGAUGUCCUGGAAAUGGACACAUGAAAGAUAUGUUGCAAGAACAUAUACGAACCAAUUAUGUUGAAGAUCUUAAAUUAAAUAUUAAAAGUGAAGGAUAUUAA